UUUCUUACCGUCCAAUUAUAUUUGUUCUCCCCCUCUCCUCCUCCCCAUUCAACUAAUUUUAUCUAUUGAUGACAUGGAAGCAGUGGACACUGAACUUACUCAACUGAACCUUUGUAGUCAACUACGAGCUAAUUCAUCUUUCAUGAAGGUCUUGGCUACUCUCUUUUAUUAUGGAAACCAAACAAUGAAUGCUGCUCAAUUGGUCGUAGCUGUUAGAGCUUUAGAAUUACUUCCUCUUCGAGGUGAAACACCAAAAAGUACGAUUCAAGGCAUUAUCUCCACGGCACGUAAAACAGCAAGAGAUCUGAAAAAGCCUGAUCCAUUCCGUAUUGAAAAAGAAGGUGUUGGACGACAAGCAAAGUAUUGCAUUUCAGAUGAUGUACUUAAUGGUGCUACUGUUCCUGCCAUUCAAGAGAUUCCUGAUGAACCAAUUCAUUUGAAACCUGUCGAAUAUUCCACUUCUCACUACGCAUUUACGAGCAAUCGCAACAAACGACAUCGAAAAUUGACAAAAUUAUCAAAAUCAAAACGUAGACGAAAUGCUAGUGGUGAUUCUGAUGGGAAUGGCUCAGAUAUUGAUAUCGAUUCUGAUGAAGAAUUUGGAUUUGGAAUAUCCGAUGAUGAGAUCAUAAAAGAACCACCACCACCUGAAGAAGAUACUAUAUUCGACUAUUCUUUAUUAUAUUCGCCACCAGAAGAUGGUAGCUACAUUGAUGCUAUUGACUUUGGUUCUUAUCCUGUGGCUUCUCAUUUUGCUAUAGUACAACAAAAAGGCUAUUCUUAUCCGCGAUUCCGAUCUCAUGAAAAAAUCAAGAUUCCCAAGGUGCAAUGUGAAGACAAGUACAGAGUGACAGAUAUUAUUGGAAAGGAAAAGGAUGUCAUUGGACGCGUAUUUAUUCUUGCUGAUGGUCAUGGUGGUCCUGGAUGCGCCGAAUAUUUUGUACGAAAUACACCUCAAGCCAUACAACAAUUAUGCGAUAAAUAUGAUCCCAAUGAUUUUGCUGACAAGACAACACAACAACAAUUCGAAAAAGGUGUCAAGGAACUAGUUACAAAUUUGGAUGAAAAAUAUUUACAGAUCAAACGAACACAACUUUGUUAUCCACAACCUCCCAACAGAUUAUCCACAUCUCAGCAACCUGACAAUAAAGUAUCAGUCAAUCAUAUCACAUCGAAUAACAGUGACAACAACAACGAUAAUGACAAGGUGGUGAAUGAAAAUAACGAUAGUAACAAUAACAAGGAUCAACAACCUUCAGAUAUAAGCUCAACGACAGUAGACAAUGAUGGAUGUACUUUGAUUAUCAAUAUCUUCUUUGGUAUUUGGUUGAUCAAUAUCAAUGUUGGUGAUUCACGAUCUAUUUUGAUAUCAGCACCAGAACCAGGGACAUCAUCACCUCCAACAGCAUCAGCAACACACAACAACACAGGUGGCUCUGCAUCAACAAGUCCAUAUGUUACACCACCAGGUGGAUUUGACAAGGAUUAUAUGAUGGACGUUGCAUUUGCAUCACAGGAUCAUAAGCCUUAUCUAGAACAUCUCGUACGUGAAAUCUUGGAAAAUGGUGGAGAAUUCAUUGACUCUGUACAAAAUCGUGUGAUCAAGGUGGAAUUGGACAAGCUUAGAGAAGAUGGAAAUCGUCAAGCAAAACGAUUCGCCUUGAAAAAUGCUCGUAUUCGACCAAAGGGAUAUCAGGCUGGCCGAGACUAUUCCAAUGGUAAUGCUACUUCUAGCUGGACAACACAAAGUGCUGUUCGAACGACAGUCAACACCAACGACAUCCAUAGUGAUAGUAUUGAUGAUCAGCAAGAACGACAACAAAUAACACCUCCAUCGAGUGAUACACGAACAAACGGUGGACGAGGUCGAUCACGUCAUGAUUAUGCACCUUCUCUCAAUGUGGCUCGAUCAUGUGGCGAUUUGGAUUUUAAAAUGGAUAGCAAGAAAAAAAUCAUCUCCUGUGAACCAGAUGUAACAUUUAUACGUAUUGCCGACGAUCGUCCGUCAUCAACCGACAAGGAAUCUGAUUCAACAAACUCAUCAUGGACAUCAAUAGCACCUCACACCUAUGUCACAUCAGGACCAUUCAAAACAAGAAGACGCAACUUUUUAUUCAUGAGCACAGAUGGCACCUUUGAUUACAUGUACGAAGAAACACCAGAACGACAAAAUCGAGCCAUUGCCAAGGCAUUGGGACCUCUGAUUGAAGAUGGAGAAAAAAUCGGCAAAUACCUUUUGGAAGAAGAAGAACGAAGUCAAACUAUACAACACCAUCAAGAUAAUGAUCACAAGAAUACCAAUGAACAAGAAAAUGUCGUUUCAGCAAUCAAGUCGGUGGCAAUAUCUAUGGAUAUCGACAAGACUGUGGAUGUGACCGCUACCAGCUCACCGAAACCUGAUCAAACGUUAAAUGAUGAGAACGCCAAAAUGGAAGAGGGCAAAAACACAAAUAUCACUCAGGACACAUUGGAAAACGGGGAUAUUACAAAUAAUAACGAUAGCAAUGAUACGGAUAACAAGAAUGAUACGGAUAACAAGACGAAUGAUGACAAUAAUAAUGGGGACAGCGACAAAAAAGAAGAAGUAUUACCUCGAAAACCAUUGCUAUAUCGGGAACUUAGUGAAAAAGAAAUCAAGGUACGCAAUACCAAAGAAAAGACAUUGGCGAUGGCUGCAAGAUAUUUUGCCAAUCGUGAGGGGGCUCAUGGAUUCUUCUCUUCAACACUACAAGAUUAUGAUGAUUGCACCAUUUUACUGGUUGAAAUUUAGAUAGUCUGUUACCCACUUUUUAGUUUUAUUAUAUUAUUUUUAUUAUCAUUGUUAUUUUUUGUUGCUUUUUUUUUUUUUUUUUUU